UAUACCUCAUGACAUUGGUCUGCUCUCAAGCAUAGUAUUGAUCGGACCUACGGACUGUACCUGACCGACCAUGGGCUCCUCCAUGAAAAAGAAGAAGGAAAAGGCCAAAGAUUUCCAAAAGCCCAAACUAAAAGUCGGCAAGGCUCGCCCGAAGAACACAAAUGCGACUGAUACAAGUUUCGCCGCCAAAUCCAUCGUCCUCAAACAGCAAAGCUUGACAGAAAGUGGACGAGAUGCCACGGCAUUAUUCAAUCACAAUCUCUCCCUCUUGAACAGCAAGAAUGACGCCCAACGAAAGGAUGUCCUCACAUAUCUCACCAACACCGUGGCCGCUUCUCCAAAUUCUCACCCGCAGCCGGCUUCUGUGAUCUUGAGCAAAGCUCAGCCGUUGAUCCUGGAUGGGAGCGCAGCAAUACGGUCGCAGGUUCUCAAGCUCUUCAAAGUUCUGCCAAAGAACCAG